AGAGAGAGAGAGAGCUUAGGUAUGAGUGUGUUGGCAGAACAAUAUAUGUCUCUGUGCCUCAGCUCUAAAUGCACUUCAUUGGCUCAGUGGACAAGCGAGCAGAGCCGCCGAGCAGAGCUGGACUGAACCGCAGGAGGAACGUCCUUCUUAUCAAAUGAGUGGAGCAACAUCACUUUUUCCAUUCUUCGUGGGGUUCAUUCUCACUGCGACAGGUGUGCAAGCCACUUGUCCCAUUGAGCUGAGCCCCCCCAGAGUUGUGGUGAGAUAUGGAGACCCGGUCUCAGUGAACUGCAGCACAUCAGUGCCCCAGCACGGCGGAAUGGGAUGGGAGGCAAAAAUAGGAGGCCGCCCUCUAGAGAUGGUCAACCAUUCGACCUGGACUGUGGGGAAGCUGACGGAAUGGACCAUCUCUCCCAAAUGCUUCAUCAACCUUCAAAAUAUGCAAGUUGGUUCCCAGUGCCUCAAAAAGCUAAACAUUGUUCUUUACGCGUUCCCGGAAAACAUCUCAAUCAACUCCAGCAGUGACUCCGAUGGUGUGAUGAGAGAAAACGAGCAAUAUAACCUCACAUGUCACAUCCACCAGGUGGCACCUGUGGAAUAUCUCAAUGUCACAUGGUACAAAGGAGAUAGACCAGUAAACAAGUCCACUUUCAACAAAACUCUCACUAAGAAUCCAGUGGAUAAGCUAUCUGUUUACACAGUUACACCGACUAGACGGGACAAUGGCGUUACAUUCAGAUGCGAGGCAACUAUGGACCUCGGGCCAGAGGGGCCACAACUGAAUGUAUCAUCACAAGAGAUUAAUAUUACAGUUCACUAUGGACCAGAAGUCAAAUGUUCUGACAUUAACAUACUCGAAGGGGAAACUUUGGAGAGUAAGUGUCCUGUGGAAGGAAAUCCCACCCCCUCGGUCAGAUGGAUGAAAGAUGGCGAGCUGAUGGGCCCGAGCCGCCCUCUGACCAGGGAGAACGCAGGGCGGUACGUUGUUGAGGCCCAAGGUGCCUCCAACCUCUCAAAAAACAUCCAGGUUCUGGUGAUGUAUGGACCAGAGCUGAUGUGUCCAAAAUCUUACACUACAAUGGAGCACUCUCCUCUCAACCUGAACUGCACGGUCAAGGGCUAUCCUGAACCUGAGCUAACAUCGUACAAAGAUGGCGGGGAGGUUGAACUUAUAGGGAACCUAACAAGAAGUGACACAGGGCUGUACGUGAUCAAAGCUUCAAACAAUCGGUCAAGUGUCAACGUGACAGUGCAGAUUAAUGUCAUGUAUGGACCAGAAGUAAAAUGUUCUGACAUUAACAUACUCGAAGGGGAAACUUUGGAGAGUAAGUGUCCUGUGGAAGGAAAUCCCACCCCCUCGGUCAGAUGGAUGAAAGAUGGCAAGCUGAUGGGCCCGAGCCGCCCUCUGACCAGGGAGAACGCAGGGCGGUACGUUGUUGAGGCCCAAGGUGCCUCCAACCUCUCAAAAAACAUCCAGGUUCUGGUGAUGUAUGGACCAGAGCUGAUGUGUCCAAAAUCUUACACUACAAUGGAGCACUCUCCUCUCAACCUGAACUGCACGGUCAAGGGCUAUCCUGAACCUGAGCUAACAUCGUACAAAGAUGGCGGGGAGGUUGAACUUAUAGGGAACCUAACAAGAAGUGACACAGGGCUGUACGUGAUCAUAGCUUCAAACAAUCGGUCAAGUGUCAACGUGACAGUGCAGAUUAAUGUCAUGUACCCUCCCUCACCAAUAGUUGAGCUUGAAGACUCUGAAGUUGAGAAUGGUUCUUAUGCGUUCCUGAAGUGCUCCUCCAAGGGAAACCCACGGCCAACAUAUAUCUGGAAUUAUUUCCGUGCCCCCAAUGUGAUGGAGGAAAAUGAAGACGGAGACUCCCGUCUGGUCAUCCACAAUGCCACUGGGUACAACACGGGCUCCUACACGUGUCUCGCCUCCAAUAAGGGAGGACAUGUCUCUAAAACAGCCAGACUCACUGUGAAAGAUGCCAAGCCGGAAUGCCCUAUCGAAAUUACUCCACACAGGAUGGUGAUACCAUACCGGGGACUGACCAAGACCGCAGCGUGCAAACCGACAUCCGCCGACGCAGGAAAUGUCAAUGAGACAUACUGGGAAGUGCACGGGAUUAAGUUUUACAAAGACAAGUGGAGCCCUGAGACCGGUGAAGACUGGGACCCGAGGCCUGUUUGUACCAUUACGUUUCGAGGAUUAGGACCAUGCCAAAAAGCUGUAAACUUCACUCUCUACAAAACCCCAGGCAGCGUCUCCAUCCGCCCUGUCCAUAACGGGACCUCAGUGGUGGAGGGCAGUGAGCUCCAGCUGCAGUGUGACGUGAUCAGUGCGGCUCCUGCACGGAGCCUCACUGUGCGCUGGUAUCAAGGAAAUGAAACCCUCCAACCACUUAUCAGAGGCCCAAUGCGGGUGGCUAGCUGUCUGUUUGAGAACGGAACAAAGUGUGACAUCAGUGUGGUCAGGUCCCCGGUAGAUGUGUCGUACACCAUCAACAUCACUUUGGACAGAAAGCACAACGGAGUGGAGUUCAGAUGUGAGGCUCAGAUGGACCUGGGACCCGAGGGACCGCAGCCUCCUCCGAGCAUGAGGUCCGAGCCGCUCAACAUCACCGUCCACUAUAAGCCUGCCAUCAACACCACAAAGCUUCCAAAGAAGAUCCCAGUGUUCAGAGGUUACCCUGAGGAGCUGGUCUGUGAAGCUGAUGGUCACCCACGUCCAAACAUCAAGUGGAUUAGCAAAAACAAAGUGCCCCGAUUGCCCAAUGCCACGCUCACUGUGUCUGAAGCAGGCCUCUACAACUGUACCGCGACCAAUGAAAUUGAAUCCACCUUCUAUGUGGUCGAAGUGAUUUUAAAGGAGGACUACCUGCCCCUCAUAGCUGGAUUCGUGGCGGUCACCGUCGUUGCAAUCUCCAUCGUCUUCCUCUUCAUCUACUCGAUCUACUACAAGAACACCAGGAUGCGUCGCUACAGCCUCAAAAACCCCCGACUCAGCACCCACAACGGUAACGUCGCCCACAACGGCUGGGACAUGCAGUUUCCAAUGACUAAACUGGCAGCAGCGUGGGGAACGCUCGUGAGUGCCAAAUGUCCAACUGAGAUCAGCCCCAAAAGCGUUGUGGUGGAAUACGGACACUCGUUCUCUGUCAACUGCAGCUCAUCAUCCAACGAGAUAACUGGGAUGGGCUGGGAGUCUAAACUAAAUGGCAUACCGUUAACAGAAAGGGUCACCGUUCUUACCUUAGUGAUCCCGUCUGUUAGUCUGUGGAAACUGUCUCCACAGUGCUACGUCAAUCUCAAUGAUAAUACUCAGUGCACAGAACGCCUGCCAGUCACCGUGUACAAAAUGCCAGACAGUGUGUCCAUGCCACAGCCAAGUCCAUCGGGUUCUAUGGCGGAGGGCGAAAAGCGUCGCCUGAGGUGUGAUGUUACCAAUGUUGCACCAGCCAGAAACCUCUCUGUACUUUUUCACAAAGGAAAUAAGAUAGUCUCCACUAAUACAUUUAGUGUUGCCAGCCUGGAGCCAGUCAAUGUAUCAGCAGUUUAUGAUCUGAUCGCCCAUAAGGAUGAUAACGGGGCUCGGAUCUGGUGUGAAGCCAAACUUAACUUCUUGACACCAGGACUACAAAAUACCUCAAAGCUUUCAGCGCCACAAGAAGUCAUCGUACAGUACCCACCAACCUUCGACCAGCCUGAAAAUGAGACGCUGGAAGUUCCAGCUGUUGAUAAAAUUAUUUUAAAUUGCAGCGCGACAGGACACCCAGCCCCGGUGUACAGUUGGCAUUCCCCACCACCCGUACGACAGACGGACAUGAAUCCAAAUAAGAAUCAACUCAUCCUAACCCGGUCCCAUCAGUUUCCAGGGCCCUACAGCUGCACAGCAUCUAACCCCAAGGGCACCACGACCAAAUACUUCACCUUAGUCGAGGCUCCAAGGAAUCGAACAACCUUUGCGGCCAUAGUCGGAGCGCUUGGGUUGCUGGGAGUCGUCCUCUUCCUUACUGGUCUGUAUUUUGUGAAAGCCGAUGGCACAUGUUCCCUCAACAAAGGCAGCUACCAACCUACCUCAUCAGGACCAUUUCAAUACAAUGGAAACUUCUCACACUACUUUGUUGUAGCUACAUUGUCAGGUGAAGGCUGCUCCCUCAUCCUGAAGCCCUCCAGGGUCGUGGUGGGCUUCGGGGAGCCGGUGACGGUGAGCUGUGAGGCCGCCCGCCCAGUGCGUGUCCUGGGGUGGGAGUCCACCAUCAGCGCCUCGCACACCCAGCAGGACCUUUCCAUCCAGUGGAAGGUAGACAGUCUCAUCGACUGGAUAGAGGAGCCCAUCUGCUAUGGGGUGUUUUUCACAGCUCCCAGACAGUGUGAGGAGAAACUCAACCUCGUCCUCUACAAAACCCCGGAUCGUGUUUCCAUCCGGCCUGUGAACCAUACGGGCCCCAUGGUGGAGGGAAAGGAGUACCAGCUGCUCUGCGAGGUUCAAAAUGUUGCUCCUGUUCAGUAUCUGAACCUGAGGUGGUACAGAGGGCAGAGUGAAGUGUAUAACCAUUCCUUCGCUGACCUCACAUCCUCCUCGCCUGUCCAAGUGUCCUCCAUCCUCGUCGUCACGCCGACCAGAGCCGAGAACGGAGCGCAGUACAGGUGUGUGGCAGAGCUGGAGCUCGGACCAGAGGGACCACAACCCCCUCCCACUGUGGCCUCCGAGCCUCUCAAUGCCUCUGUGUACUUUCCCCCAACGUUCCUCAGUCCUGAACCAGAAGUGCUGGAGCUCACAUUGGGCGCAGAAAUCUCCUUAAACUGCACUGCCACAGGAAAUCCCGCCCCGGUGUACAGCUGGCAGUCCUCCCAUCCUACGCAGGAGAGGACGGAGGACGAGGCAGUUCUUACCUUUUCCUCACUGGUCCCAGGGACCUACAUCUGCACCGCCUCCAAUGCACUGGGCAAGAAGAGCAAGCAGUUCAUUGUCAAGGCCAAGACCAAAGGCGUUUGAAACGAGUGAUCUUCAAAUGGGAUCGCAGGACCACAUUGGACAUACAAGGGGAUUUUACUGUUGCUGCUUUGGAGACAGGAAUGACAAUGCGUUAAUAUAACUCAACAGAUAUUUAUGAGGAUCUUGCUUUCAUCCAGAAUCAGAUCUCAUAAAGAGAAAGACCAGAAUAUACUAUAUUCCCCAUUUACUAUCUCAGUAUUUUAACAUGAAUUUAUUUUCAUCUUCAGUCUACUCUUAAUGCCCUCCAUGUGAUAUCCUGUAUCUAAUGUAUAUUUUUGCUUCACUUAUUUGCCCAAUAAUAGCAUUAUCAUGUAACACUAAAUAUUAGCAACACA